ACUUCAGAAAUUCAGAACCUACAAUCGGAGAGGCUGCGGGGGAGGCUGGGAGCUGUCCAGCUAUUUUUUGUUCUAGUGGGAUUUUUUUUUUUUCCUUUUCUUUGUGUGUUAAAAAAUCAAGUCAUCUGUAAGCUUCCGCAUUACAACAGAUUGAGGGUAAAACGUACCAAAAGCGGAACAUGAAUAGAUUUAAUGUACAGUAGUUGUAAUGUGUUGCAGAAGCAACACGAGGAAUCAAACGAGAGCACCUUCAAUGCUGGAAGCUGUGCGGUGCUGAAUUACAUCGAUUGAGCGUCACGAAUAAAGGAGCUAUCCAGUGCUGAAGUUGCAUUUCUUUACAGCGGAAAGCGGCGUUGCAGCACAGCAGCCCCGUCACAGCAGUACUAAGAGCUGGUUUAUGUAUCCCGAUCUGACACUGGAAUGUCAUCGCAGCACGGCCGCAAAGCUGUAAAAUAGUCUGCAUCAACGCUGCAAGAACAGAGAGACAUUCAGUGCUGAACGAGCAUUUUUUUUUUUGUGUAGCACAAAAAAAAAAAUGCCAAGGUCUUUCCUGGUUAAAAAGGUCAAGCUCGAUGAUUUUUCAUCUCCUGAUCUCGAACGCUCCUAUGGUAAAUCGAGGACAGAUCUCAGCGUAAGACUACACGAAAAAGGAUACAUUAGCGACUACAUCACCCCGUCUGUCUACGAUGGAGAGAAUGAUAGUGCCAUUAAAGUGCCAUCUCCUGAGCCCAUAUACAGCAGUGUGCACGGAGAUUACAGAGCCCCAGAUUCAGACCAGCCAGACAGCCCCCAGUCGGAGAUCACAUCUGGUUACAUCAAUGGAGACAAUGCCGUGAGUGAAGGUUACACAGUAGAUGCCUUCUUCAUCACGGAUGGAAGGUCGAGGAGGAAAGUCAUCAGCAGCCCCAGGACCAUCCAGCGCCAUACUUGCAACGAGUGUGGAAAGACCUACGCCACGUCUUCCAACUUGAGCCGGCACAAGCAGACCCACCGCAGCAUGGACAGCAAGAUGGCCAAGAAGUGCAACACCUGCGGGAAGGUCUAUGUGUCCAUGCCGGCCAUGGCCAUGCACUUGCUGACCCAUGACCUCAAGCACAAGUGUGACAUCUGUGGCAAAGCCUUCAGCAGACCGUGGCUGCUGCAGGGUCACAUGAGGUCGCACACGGGCGAGAAGCCAUUCGGAUGUGCCCACUGCGGGAAGGCGUUCGCUGACCGCUCCAACCUUCGCGCCCACAUGCAGACUCACUCUGCUUUCAAGCACUACAAAUGCAAGAGAUGCAACAAGACCUUUGCCCUCAAGUCCUACCUAAACAAGCACUAUGAGUCCGCCUGUUUUAAGGGCGCAUUCUCGCCUUUGAGUCCACUCGAAGAUUGACUUCCAUAUUUAAGAACCUCUUCUUCUUUUUCUUCUUCUUCUUCUUUGACCUGAUAAUAGCACAUUUCUCUAUUUCUUCUUCGUCUUCUUUGACCUGAUAAUAGCACAUUUCUCUAUUUCUUCUACAAUAAUGAAAUGAAGAGGAAAAAAAACCUCCUUGGAUUUCUACGCAUGUACUUUAGAAAGACAGAAAAACUUUAGAACCUAAAAUAUCAUGUUGUUUUGCUGAAACUCAGUGAAGACAUUAAAAUGUCUCUUUUAUUUGUCAAAAAGGUCAAACCUUUUAUGAUUGGAUGAUAUUGUACUGCUGCCAGUGGCCACAAAGGGGUUAACCUUCGAGGUAAAACAUUAUUAUUUAUUCAUUUAUUUAUUUAAAGUAUUUACUACUGUUGUUUUUUAUGUAUUUAAAGUAUGUAUUACUGAUUUCUGUAAACUUUUAAUUUGCACUUUAACUUUAUUUUGCUAACCCUUCUUCAUUAAUAUGCCAAAGCAUUUGCCACUUUCUGAAUAUUUUUUUAAACUUUAUGUUAAUUCCUUUUUGACGUUGUUGCAUGCACAAAAGUAUUACAUCUAUGCCAAUUAUACAAAGCUUUUGAUUUUGCCAAAAUCUAGAUAGUAUCUGAGGGCAAUAUUUGAUAUAGGAACCUCAUAAUGAACUAUAGAGCAAUAAUGCUGUAAUGCAUGGUACUUUAUAAAUACAAAAAUAGUAUAACAGUUCAAAUAAAUCAGGUAUGGUUUAAUCCAGUAUUCGUGUUAGUCAUACAGAGAACCAAUAUCAGGGAAAAUGCCAAUGUAGUAAAAUAGAAUACAUGAUUAAAAACCCUUCUUUUCGUGUAUGGUAUGCACUGCCUGCCUCUAAUCUAAUGUAGUUUUAGGACGUAGGAUUGUGGUGCUGAUUGGUCAGCUCCAAGCAGUUGAGAUAAUUUCUGCAAACCUGCGGAACAUCCACCCAGGCAAAAAGGUUGGCACCUCCCAUCAUUUCACCCAAUAAGGAGAGGUAGGGCUAGAAUACCACGUCCAUGCAAGACCGAUCCGAGACUAUUUGCACUGUAUUCAGACAUAAACAGCACAAGUUGCCCAAGAGCAAGGUGCCUUGUUUUUAGCCACGUGGAGGUCCCACAGUUUUGUCUUUUAAAGAACUUAAUUUUAGAUUUCCAACUUUUAAAAAUAGUAGCACAAAAACCUUAUAGAUUCAGGUAGAAGGAACUUGUACUAGCUAGACCUCUGUUUUUGUACUUAGAAAAAAAGGAACAACUGUUAUUGCAAGAAGCCGUGUAAAUAAUACUUUGGAACUUAACAAGAUUUUUACAACCGUAAAGAAUCUAAUCACGUUAUGUCUGGAGAUUUUUUCUUGGGACUUUUUGAGCCAGUAUUUGAAUGAUCUAAGCACAAUGACACCAGGCAUUUUGUCGCACUUCCUAAUAAAGAAUUACAAAAA